AGCAAGGAAAGAUUUACGAGGAGUCGGUGGCUCGUGGGGCGACGGCGGCGGGCGACAGUCGGCGCGCGGCAGUGCGCAUGCCCGCCACUGCGCCACUGAGCGCGCGCUCCCCCUAGCGGCGCGGCGCCGCAGUGAGUUGCGUAACAAAAGCACACUCGGCUCCGAGCGCUACGCUGAAAACUUUCGGCCGGUCGGCCCGCGCCUACGGGAUGGAGAAACGUAAAAUCAUAUAAAACUUUUCCGCGGUGCGCGCCGUCUGACUCGCUUCAAUUCUUCUUGUCUAAUUGGAUAGUCUCGGACACGGCUCGAUCGUCGCUUCUGCUUAUUUUUAAGUUGUACAAGUUUUCUCUUCAAGUUGACUGUGGCGAAAAGUGAACUGUUGCGGUUUUCGCCGGCCGCUUUUAUAUUAGUGUGGACGUUCUAAGUGUUGUGUUCACUUGCUUUGUUUUUCUUUGCUCGAGUGGUGGCUGGCGGUGGCGCGCUGGUGGUGGGAAUCGAUACUGCGGUGGGAGCGGCGAAGGUACGUCAUCGAUCUUCAAAGAGGUUGUCGUCUAUUGUAUACAGCCUCGUCUUGACAAAUGGGAUUUCCCUCGAUUCAUCUCAGUCGAGAAGCGAACAGAUAGUUGGUGAGACAUGUUGUGGCGGACGCCGAGGACGAGGGCGGGUUGAUCCACAUCUCCACAUGCCGACAGAACUCUGCAGUCAGCAGAAAGAUGUCCUAAUAUGGGUUGGUCAUGCGUCGUGGCACGCGCUGUGGCUAUCUUCCUCAUGCUCAGCCGAGCGUCAGCACUCACAUCAGACAUAUUUGCAGCGGGGAAGUCGGACAAAGAGAUACUGGACAACCUUCUGAAAAACUCCCGCUAUGACAAAAGACUGUUGCCACCAGUAGAUGAUCCAGAAUUCUGUUGUGGUCUAACUUCGCCCAACGACUCUCUGGCACAAAAUAAUGUGGGGCUCUCGUCUCUGCGGCCUCGCUCGCACAAUCGUGGUGUCCUCACCGUAAAUGUAAGCGUACUACUUCUUAGCUUAGCCUCUCCGGAUGAAUCUAGUCUUAAAUACGAAGUGGAAUUCUUACUUCAGCAGCAGUGGUACGACCCUCGUCUGCGUUAUUCCAACCAGUCUCAUUACGACUUCCUAAACGCCAUCCAUCAUCACGAAGACAUCUGGUUGCCGGAUACGUAUUUCAUCAUGCACGGUGACUUUAAGGAGUUUUCCCAGCACUCAUGGGACCCGAUUAUACCAAUGCAUUUCGCUUUGCGUAUAUAUCGCAAUGGUACUAUAAACUACUUGAUGCGGCGGCAUCUUAUCCUGUCGUGUCAAGGGCGGCUCAACAUCUUUCCUUUUGAUGACCCAUUGUGUUCAUUUGCCUUAGAAAGUAUAUCGUACGAGCAGUCAGCCAUUACUUACGUGUGGAAGAACGACGAGGACACGCUACGCAAGUCGCCGUCGCUAACGACACUCAAUGCGUACCUCAUCCAGAACCAAACCAUUCCCUGCCCAAUCAAAGCCAGUUGGAGAGCUGAGGGUAAUUCACUUUACGAGGAAGACGAAGAGAUGACAUGUAAUCUUUGCCAGAGACGCUUUGAGGAGCAAGGUAACUACAGCUGUCUAAAGGUCGACUUAAUAUUUACUAGAGACCGAGCGUUCUACUUUACUACAGUCUUUAUCCCUGGAAUCAUUCUGGUGACUUCCUCGUUCAUCACGUUCUGGCUGGAGUGGAACGCAGUACCAGCCCGUUCCAUGAUAGGUAAUUACAGCUGUCUCAAAGUGGAUCUUAUCUUCACGCGGGAUAGAUCAUUUUACUUCACCACAGUUUUCAUUCCGGGGAUCAUUUUGGUGACUUCAUCGUUUAUUACUUUUUGGCUGGAAUGGAAUGCAGUGCCUGCUAGAGUAAUGAUAGGUGUAACAACAAUGUUGAAUUUUUUCACAACAUCGAAUGGAUUCAGAUCGACACUGCCGGUGGUGUCGAACCUGACGGCGAUGAACGUGUGGGACGGCGUGUGCAUGUGUUUUAUCUAUGCGUCGUUACUAGAGUUCGUGUGCGUCAACUACGUGGGGAGGAAGCGACCCCUACACAAUGUCGUCUACCGACCCGGGGAGAAUCCGGUCACACAGCGACUGCCUGCAGUCCUCAGCAGAAUUGGCAUUAUACUGGCCAGCCCCUUGGAGGCGAUGGCUUUCCUCCAAAGGGCUAGACAAGAGAUGCCCCAAGCGGAGACUAGCGGCGCUGGAGAUAAAAAGCGUGAGUCUACAGGAGGGGCUGACCUAGUGUCGUGCACAGCGUGUACGGGCCCCGGCGCCUGCACUCACACCGCCAACAAUGGCGGGGUCUCGGAGCCAUGUUUCGUCCAGGUUCGCAAAAAAGAACCGCCGCACCCGAUCCGCGUGGCGAAGACGAUCGACGUGAUCGCGCGGAUCACGUUCCCCACUGCCUACGCCGUGUUUCUCAUCUUCUUCUUCAUUCACUAUAAGGCGUUCUCUUAAUGCUGCCUCCACUUACCGCUGUCGCUGGCCGCUUCGUGUGAACGGACAUUUACUGUGUUUUCUACUAUUCUUUACUGCGACACAAAUAUGUAUGAGAUUAAGCUACUCACUCUAUUAUUAUACAUAUUUGAUGAUUGUCAACGGUCGAUAAGAAUUGUGAUUAUACCCGUUUAUAGUGAUCGUACUGUUAAGGUAAUUAUAGUUUAAGAGACUUGAAGCAGGAAGCUAACGUCGCGGCUUUCCAUAAUUUGACGUCAAUCAAUUGAAAGAGGAGUGCGAUUUUUCUACAGGUUUUGAAAUAGUUUUCUACGAGUUCAUUGACGGACGUUUAUAAUGUAAUUAUCUACGCGUAAGAUUUACUUUCUUGUGAAUACACGAAAACUUAUGAUAGGAUAAAGAGGGAUCAACUUAUGUAAUUGUAUGAAAAUUCUUGUAUCAACGUGAUUCGGACAUCGGAUUUUGUAUGAAUUUAGAGAGAUGAUCUAGUGGAGUUUUAAGGAGAGCUGCCUUCAAUGCGCAGGAAACAAGAAAUCUAUUUCAAACCUAAAGACAGACCUAGCGUAUUUAUUGCUUUUAAGUUAUUAAUAUAUUAGUAAGAUAGCAAAAGACAUGAUUACUUUUUAUAUUUAUUAUUAGAGGAUAGUCACCAUAGAGACUAGUUUGUCCAAACCAACACCUACAUAAUAUGUUGUGAUAAUUAUAAUAAUGUUUACUUAUUGCUUUGUAAAGGUGACACGUAGAGUAUGAUCGCCGUAUCGUUUGAACUAAAGUGAUUAAGUUUCGAAAUAAUAUAAUUCGGAGUAAUGUAAAAAUAGCUGUAGAUGCAUAGAUGAAGCUCAAGUCAUUAUUAUCUUUAAAUUCUAAUAUAAAUGUAUUGUACCGAUGAGUUCACGCUGUUCCCAACGAGUGCACGUUGGUGUACGCCGACUGUGUUGAUAUUGUACCAUGAACAUGCCUUCUACAUGUCAAAGAAUUAUUUUUGCCUGAUAUAAUGUUAGAGGUUAAUACAGAAAUUGAUGAAGCCGGCUGUAUAUACUAUUGGAAUAAACUUACACCUAUCAAUACGUAAGGAAGUACUACGCUAAUGGAAUAUUUACUUGUAACUAGGUACUUGUGUAAAAGUAUCGUGAAUAUUGUGCUGUGAGAACAUACCGUCACUUUAUUCGUUGCGGAAUUAGUCACGUGUUAAGGUAAUUGUAAUAAUGAUUAAUAUUGUCCUCUAUCAUCACACCCUAGGUAUUACGUAGUGUCCACAAAUGCUAGAAGCCGUUAUUUAAGUAAAAAUAUAUUUAUUAAUAAAUGAUAAACUUUGUCCGAAACCGCAAUGCGCUUUAGUUCCCGUACCUGUAAUCUGUAGGAUGCAAUUUUUUGAUUAUGUAACUUUAAAUACAGUUUGUUCGUAAAUCACGGUUUAAAAGAAAACAAUUUGUUUCUCUUAACUUCAGUAAAAUAUUUGAUUAAAAGAAACUGAUGUUUAAUUGAACACCAUUGAAAUUAUGCCUUUUGCUUGUUAAUAAGUGGACCAAGGAGUCAACUGUUUUGAAACAUAGAUUUUAUAUCUAAAUAAUUAUUAAAAAAAAAACGAUAAAUGAUAAGAAAGGGCGUUUUGGCUGUGCUUUGAAAUCAAAUUAUAAUAUUGAAAAAAAAAUGUAGGGAUGCCUGAUGAAGUAAUUAAAUAUGUAAUGUUAUUAUUUUAUUUUCUUUCGACUCAUUGUAACGGGUGGUCAAAUGCUGAGUACCUGCGAUUGUAGUAAAGUUUUGAAACACCGCUUUCAGCUGUGCGUAAUGCAUCAAUCAAACUUUUGGGAAACGUGGGGUGUCCAUACAAUGUAUAUUAUAGUAAAAGCUUGGAUGCCUUAUGUAUGUACCUAUAAUUAAGUGUGUAACACACAAAACGUGUUAUAUAACGCAGUCAAGUACUUAUGAAGAGAGUCAAUAUUGGACAAAUAUCAGUUGCAAUAAUAAAUACCUAUCAAUUAACGGCACAUUAUUAUUUAUUGUCUGUACAAGUACAAUCAUUUGCUUGUGAUCUCUUUUAAAAUUACUGUACCUCUACCAUGAGUUUGAAGCAAUAGUAUUUGUUGAAAGACGCUAGCAACGACAUAAAUUGUUGUAUGUCACAUUUCACAACGCCUCUACCGGCCACCUGUGGAACUAAAAUUUGCCAUACAAAAUAUUUACGUCGUCGCUAGCGACUAUCGACAAAUACUACUACUUUUCUCCUACGUUUAAACAGUAUUUAAAAGUUAAAUGGCAUAUUGUAUAAUGAGACCAUUCCCUUAAUAUUUGGAUAGAUACAAAGUGAUACUAUUUUAAAUUCGCUACGUUUUUUAUAUAGGUACUAUUUAAAAUGUAAGAUAAAAAGUUACAUAUCAUUCGCUUUAUAAGAUUCAACCUUGUACCUAUGAUAUUGUGCUAUCCAGUUUAAAAUAAAAAUUAUAUAUUUAUUCUAUGCUGCCUUUACAUAUAUGUAUAUACAUGUAUAAGUUAUACAUUUUAUAUGAGUAGAUCUUGUUUGUAUUGUGAAGCACUUCGUUUUAUAAAUUACGCGUCGAGAGAACGUUAGUUAUGGUAAAACUUUUUGAAUUGCUGUUCAUAUAUUGUAUAUUGUUUAUGGAUCUAUUCAAAUUUGGAACUGAUCUGUAUUUAUGGUGCACUGCUCGCUUCCUCCAUUUUGUCUAUAGUCACCGGUAUGUGAAUUAGUAUUUCCUAUUACGGUGCUUGUUUCUGUAAAAAUAAAUUGUUUAUUUACGCACUUGAGUAUUAUUUGGGCCUAGUCCAAACUGUAUAGUGUUAAUUUUAUUGUAUUGAGUCUAAAAUUUAAGCUGAAAGUUUAUGUUUUUCCUUAAAUAUGUUUACUGAAAUUCUUGUUUAUAUAAGGAUGUUAUUGUUACCUAUGUAUUAAACGUUCUAUAAAUAUGUUUGUUUAUUAAUAAGAUUGUUUAAACAACACGAGAGUAUUUAAUAAGUUUCUGAGCAUCUUGUUUACACGAAAGAAAAUACUAUCCACCUAUAAUAAGUACCUAUCUAUGGAUAUUUAUUUUUCUAUAAUGUUCUUGUUCACAUUUUCUAGUCAUUUACAUCAGUACAUGUAACUGAACGACACACUUAGGAGUAUAAGGGCCUUUUCACACGCUCCGGUAACUGGGUAACUGGUACCGAAUAUUUAUAGACGGUACCAAAUAAUUAUACGUAGUAACUAACUCACGUAAUUGUUUGACAAAGUUAUUUGACUAGAUUUAAGCCAUGCUUGCUACCAUGGCAUAUAGUCAUGAGCAGCAGGACAAACGACACGACGAGCGUCAACUUAACACUUAAAAAACUACAUGAGGGACUAUUUAAUAUGGAUAUUAUUCUAUUUAAUAGUUGCAUAAGCCGUCAAAUAUAGUAAUUAUUAAUUUUAUAUGUCUCACGAGAAUUAUAAUACAUAAAUGUACCUAUAUCAAAACGGUAUAUCGGUACGUGUGAAAGCUAACGUACCAACAUAGUUCUAAUCUUCGCUGCCUAUAACCGGUACCGAUUACCCAUAUAAGUACCGGAGCGUGUAAAAAGGUCCUUAUUAUGAUAAAAACGCUUCGCUGGAAAUGAGAGAUUAGGCUUAAAAUAUAAGCCGCUUAAUUAUAAGUGUAUAAUAUAAGCGAAAAAAUAUGAUAUAGGAACUAUGUACCAUAUAAUUAUGCUGUACCAUAAAAACAAUAAUAUGUGUAGUCAUCAUUGUAGCCUGAUGAGGCUGGUGCAAUUGUAUGAUGCCUGCCUUAGAUUUAGCUGCGAUGCUGUGCAGACUGGUGUUCAUUUCUACCUUUAUAGAUACCUAUAUAUCAUAGAACACAUAAAUUGGUGGGAUGAUUAAAAGUUUAACUGAUACUAAAUUACUACAGUUUCACGAUGUAGAUACGUUGCGUUGUUCUGAAAUAGAUUAAAAUGUAAUCAUUUUUCUUUAUUGAAUUUUCACUUGUCGUUAUAGUUCGAUUUAUCUAUCGACUACAAACGAGGCCAGACUUUGUAUUAAAAAAAAAUGCUACACCAGCUUUUUCUCCUGGGUGCGUUUACAAACAUACAAGUUUGCGAAUCACACAGAGAGUUGCUCCGUCCGGUAAACAAACCCGGUUUCCCUACCACCGCGCCACUGUGCAGUCAUUACUUGAACACCAUGAUUUGAGCAAUCAAAUUAGUAUUAUCUCUAUCAAUACCAAAAGAAACCUAAAGUGAUAUAGAGUUCAUUUUUCAACAUCAUAAAUCACCUACGCAAAAUUUGAUAUCUAUGAAGCAUAAUUACGUCAGUCUGUACAGCAUUAUUUAAAAAUAGAACCAGUAAUUAGGUACACAUCAAUUACUCGAGCCUUUAUUUUUAAUUUUUAAUCAAUCAGGUUCCUUGACAGUUGCUUUGUAAUUAAUGUCAGUUUAUUCAGGGUUAGUAGUCCCGAAAAAAUUCAGUCACUAAUUGUAAAUUUCUUUAAUACAUUUUCUACUUUAUCCUUUUGUAAUAAAGUUGGAAAUUAACUAAAUAUUUAAGUUUACUCACGAAUUAUUAAUGGACACGCAGCCACGUCAUGCAGCCUACUCAAUUCAGUACUGCUCACGCUGCUCAUGAUGAGUCCCUCUGUGACUCGAAACUAGUAGAGCUUUUCUCCAUGAAUACGGGAGUAAACUGUGAUUUUUAGUUAAUUUACUAUGUCUCGCGAUAGUAAUUAUAAAAAGUUGGAAAUCUAUUAUCGAGCGUAUCCAUAAUUUUUCGAGACUGCCAGCCCUGGUAAAUAACAGUUUGAACAAAAAUAAUACAAUAUCUAGAAAAAAAAUCAAACAGAUAGAACUAAAACACAGAUUAAUUGCAACUUAUUUACCUAAUUAGAAAGUGUUCAAGAUAAUUUGCAAAUUAUAGAAUAAACUAGCGUUUUAAGGACCCUAGCACAUUGCGUUGCUGGUUUUCGCAAAAUAUAUAGUUGAUAUAAAACUGUAGAUACAAUGUAUAGCUUACUUUAAUUACCUAGUCUAGUAUUAAGGAUCAACAUUUUGAUGCAUGAAAAGACAUUAGUGAGAUACCUAAAUAUACAAUGGAACUGUUCUGUAUUAAAAUUAUACUAAUUCAUUGUUGAUAAUACUUAAUAUUGUAAUUAUAUUUCAUUGCAGUUUCUAUAUGUUCGCGUGGCAUUACUUCUAAAUAAAUUAUUAUUAUUAUGGAACAUUAAACUCUGACGUUUAUGAUUAAACUAUCAUAGAGGGCGCUGUAGUGCUUCAAAAUCGCGAAGAGAAAAUAAAGAUUUGAUAUACCUGUUUAUUCCCAAUAUUGACAGUUUGUGUAAUUUAAAAAAACAACUGCCGUUGUUUCCAUUUGAAUGAUGACAUAUUUAAGGUUUAAUGCCAUUCACAUUGCCAUUAAAAUCCUGUUAAAAAUUACCUCAAAAUUGUUUGGUGUCCAUUUACAAUAUACCUACCUAAUGUACCUGACAAUUCAGUAAUUUAAUAUUAUAAUGAGUUGUUACAUCUUUAUUUUGUUUACUAAAAUUUCUCAAUUUAAUUUGGAAUAGAUAGGUAACUAUAAAACACAAAACUUUAAGCAAAGCUAGCUAUAGCACUCUUGUUAUAGUAUCAGCUUCAGUAGGUAGCGUUUGCACAUAAACUUACAAAACUACAUAAAGAAAAAUAAAAUUACAAUAAAAUCUAAACCAAAACUAUUAAAGACCACAGUACUAAUGAUUUACCUUUACAACUUGAGCUCAAAAGCUGUCAAAAUUUAAGCAGAAACAAUAAGCAAUAACUAGACUAAUCUACAUAGGCUACAUUUUCAAUCAAUUCAAUUAUUUUGUUAUCGGUUUACUCAAGUAACUGUUUGACGAGGAACUUGACUAGUUUCAAGCCAUGCUAGAGGUUCAUAUUCAUGAGCAAAAUUCACACAGCUCAGCGACACACGACCUCAUCGACCUCCUGUGAAUUGCUCGUCAAACAGUUAUAUAAGUAAGCCAGUAACAUUAUAAAUAAUUUAGUAGGUAUGUCUCACGAAAAUUAUAAUAAAAUUCAAUUAACUACCAAUUAAACUUUCUAAUCAGAUGUCCUAAAAACUUACCUAGUAAAUAACCUAUAAAAUAUCCCGGGACCAAAAUUUAUUUGAAUUUCCUUUUUCCUAAAACUUCUACCUAUUACCUCCCCUUCUAAGUAAAAUAAAAAUUUUGACUUACCUAACUAUUAUCACUGUGAACGUUUAUGUAAUAAUUCCGCCCCAUUGGUGUGAAAAUGACUUAAGGCUUAAUUAACUAUGUGGCUUAUAGUUAGUGACCAUGUUCACAAAAAACCGAUUGUAGUUCAAUUACCUAAAUCAUUCUUUAACUUGCUCAUAGCAAUAAAGCUGACCCUUAUUACGAGUACUAGAGAGCUCUGAUUGGCCGGCGCGAAUGAAGCAACCAAUCAGAACGCCGAACGCGCUCUCGUUUCUAUCUCGUUAAACGUAAAUCAAUUUCUUCAUGCAGCCAACGCUGACGCAGCUUUACUUUGAAAUUAUAAAUAAAAACGAAUAGGCAAUUAAGUAAAAUUAAAAGAAUAUACAAGCCCAAUAAUAAUUAAUUGCUAAUAUUUAAUUAAUACUUUCGUUUAAAUAUCCAAUAAUCCAUCCAAAUAGAUAAGGUUACCUCUAUCAACUCGUGCGCAUGUAGAGACCGCAUUACAAGCAAGUUACCUAGUUUGCUUCAAAUAGAUGAUAUUUUGUAUCAAGCAAUUACUUAGAUAAUAAAUAAUAUAAGUAUUCAAUUAAUAUUUUCAUAAUAAAAUCCGUCAUGAUGCAGUUCUUUACGCAUAAAAUUAAAAUUAAGAAUGAUAAACUAAAAUGUAGUUUUGAGAAAAUGUAAAGAAAUGAAGCGACGUUAUUAUUCUAUUGUUAUAAAGUUAUCUUAUUAAAAAGUCUUUAUUGAAAUUAUGAAUUGUGUUACAUUUGUAAUUAGAAUUAAAAAUGAAUUAAAAAAUUUAGUUACGUUUUAGAGUUUUAUGCUAUCUGUACCACUAAAUAUACUUUUUUUUUAUUUCAAUGGAACCCUACAUUCAGCUCUUUUAGGUUAUUAUUUAAAAUAAUUUCUAGAUUAAUAAAAUUAUAUUAGUUUUGUUAUUAGAUAUAUUUGUAGAGACAAAAUAAAACACCAUUUUGCUUUUGUAAAUAUUGAGACGUCAGCGCGCUGACCGCCCGUUCGUGUUGUAUUACGGCAUUGUAAAUAAUUUUAAUGUAAAAUUUAUGAAUUACAAUUUUCAUCAAAUAAAAACACAAAUUCGA